AUGGCUAUGGCUUAUCUCGGAUCAAAGAAAGCCAACUCCGCCGCACUAAUGUCGUCGCCGUCCCCUUCACCCCACCAACGCAUCUUAACCCAAGACGAACUCAAAAAAAUCGCCGCCUACAAGGCCGUCGAGUUUGUCGAAUCCGGCAUGGUUCUCGGCCUCGGAACUGGCUCCACCGCCAAACACGCUAUUGACCGUAUCGGAGAGCUUCUCCAGCAAGGGAAACUAAGCAACAUCGUCGGAAUACCCACUUCGACGAUGACUCAUGAGCAAGCCUUGUCUCUGGGCAUACCUCUGUCGGACCUUGAUAACCACCCUGUUCUCGAUUUGGCCAUUGAUGGAGCAGAUGAGGUUGACCCAGAUAUGAAUUUGGUCAAAGGCCGAGGCGGAUCGUUGCUUCGUGAGAAAAUGAUCGAAGGCUGUUGCAAGAAAUUCGUCGUGAUUGUCGAUGAAUCCAAACUGGUGGACUAUGUCGGAGGAAGUGGGUUAGCCAUGCCGGUUGAAAUCGUUCCCUUUUGCUGGAAAUUCACAGCGCAGAAGCUUCAAUCGUUGUUUGAAGAAGCUGGUUGUGUUGCAAAGCUUCGGACUUCGCCGGAAAAUGGUAAGCCAUUUGUGACUGAUAAUGGGAAUUUCAUUAUCGAUUUGUAUUUCAAGAAAGACAUUGGGGAUUUGAAGGCUGCCGGCGAUGCAAUUUUAAGACUGGCCGGAGUGGUAGAACAUGGAAUGUUUCUUGACAUGGCGACUACUUUGAUAGUCGCCGGAGAACUAGGAGUUACCGUGAGGCAUAAAUGUUAG